GUCAAAAUCUGUUUCGAGAUUGAGAGAUCUGUGCCGUAUCUUCUCCUCGUCCAUGGUUGAUCUUAUGAUCUUCUAAGCRAAAAACAUACCAACACCUGUAUUAGUCAGUUUUCUGCUAGUUUCAUUCUUACAACCGAAAGGAAAUCUAUCUACCAUGUCAUCGUCCUCUAGGGAACUGCUAAAAAUAUAUUCUCUUGAAGAUAUCGAGAAGAUCGUGUCUACGACUGAAUUCCGAAACAAGCUAAUCAAUGGGAUCAAAGAAGGAUUUGUUUCUUUGGAAAAGGGUGAAUUCUUUGCGGCUCCAAUACAAACACUUGGUUUGCCACCUUUUCCAUUUCUAGAGGUGACCGAUUAUGCAGCUCAGACUUGUGUAAAAUCGGGUUACUUCAAAGGUCGUGACCAUUAUGUGAUCAAGGUGAGUUGUCACAUCCAGAUCGGUCGAGGGUGGGAAGAAGAUACGAGAACUUAAACGGGAAUGCAAAAAAAAAACCCGUCUAUUCGUUGAAUUGCAACCUCAGGUAUCGAUAUUCAUCYUUUGCUUACACCCAAAGGUUGCAAGUGGAGGCCACCCCAUGCCGAGUAAGUCACAACGCAAUUAGCACUGUUCUACCAUCACACUUUUGUUUCCGACGUUUUCAACAUUGAAAAGAAAAAAUUAACUUUAAUGUCCAUUGGUGAUUUUGCUAUAAAAUACAGACAGCGGCCUCAUGCAAGUUUAUUCACAAAAGA